CCCGCGCCCCGCGCCCCGCGCCCCGCGCCCCGCGCCAUGGAGCCCGGCCCCGGCCCCGCCGCCGCGCCCGGCCCCGGGCCCGCCGCCAUCCGCGAGGGCUGGUUCCGCGAGACGUGCAGCCUGUGGCCCGGGCAGGCCCUGUCGCUGCAGGUGGAGCAGCUGCUGCACCACCAGCGCUCGCGGUACCAGGAUAUCCUCGUCUUCCGCAGCAAGAGCUACGGGAACGUGCUGGUGCUGGACGGCGUGAUCCAGUGCACCGAGAGGGACGAGUUCUCGUACCAGGAGAUGAUCGCCAACCUGCCGCUCUGCAGCCACCCGGACCCGCGCAAGGUGCUCAUCAUCGGCGGCGGCGACGGCGGCGUCCUGCGCGAGGUGGUGAAGCACAGCUGCGUGGAGUCGGUGGUGCAGUGCGAGAUCGACGAGGACGUCAUCCGGGUCUCCAAGCAGUUCCUGCCCGGCAUGGCCGUGGGCUACGCCAGCCCCAAGCUCACGCUGCACGUGGGGGACGGCUUUGAGUUCAUGAAGCAGAACCAGGACGCCUUCGACGUCAUCAUCACCGACUCCUCGGACCCCAUGGGGCCCGCGGAGAGCCUCUUCAAGGAGUCCUACUACCAGCUCAUGAACACGGCGCUCAAGGCCGACGGCAUCCUCUGCUGCCAGGGCGAGUGCCAGUGGCUGCACCUGGACCUCAUCAAGGAGAUGCGCCACUUCUGCAAGUCCCUGUUCCCGGUGGUGGGCUACGCCUACUGCUCCAUCCCCACCUACCCCAGUGGCCAGAUCGGCUUCAUGCUGUGCAGCAAAAACCCGAACACCAACUUCCGGGAGCCGGUGAGGCCGCUGACGCAGAAGCAGGUGGAGGCCAUGCAGCUGAGAUACUACAACUCCGACGUGCACCGGGCCGCCUUCGUCCUGCCCGAGUUCGCCCGCAAGGCCUUGAAUGAAGUGAGCUGAGCCUGACGUCAGCCUGGACAAGACCGUCGCCCCUGCCCCCGCCGGCUGGCCGCCACCAGGGACCGCUGCCGGCCGCCCGGGUCGGACUGUCUGUCUCGGGCACGCGGCCCCGGGGCUCUGGCAGCCGUGUACAGCCCCGCCCCGCGGCCCUGGCCCACCAACACGUGUAUUUAUAACAAACUUCUGCAUCUGUGUCCACGACCUUGCCUGACCCGCCCGAAUCCCCGCGACCUCAGACCAGCGCCGGCCCCCGGGGGACACUGCACAGGCCCCCUGACCCGCCCCCCGCAGUGCAGGCCCAGGCCUGGCCAGCUGCUGGCAGCCCUGCUCUGAGCACUGGGUCUUGUCCAGGCUUGUCGCGGGCCGGCGGGGGGCUGCUGGAGGGGGCCCCGGGGGGCCGGCUGGGCUGCCGGGCUCAGACCCGCAGGUGCCACGUGGGCCGGUGGUUGGUUGGGCGGCACUGUGCCCUCUCCAUGGUGCUGAACCUCGCCCGGCCGCCUGCGGGCCAGGAAGGAGGCUCCCGGGGCCGGGCCCCAAAGGCCUCUCUGCCCUGCCGAUGUCCUGGCGUCCACGGCACAGGGCGCCGCUAGCCAAGCCCCUUCCCCACAGCCAGAGCCUGGGAGGGGACAGGCGGGGCCUGGGGAUGUCGGGUUGGCGCCUUCCGGUCCACGCCAACCAGGUGUGGUGGGAAAAGCGGGCAUCC